AUGGCAGUCCGAGGAGCGUUCCACCUUCUGCUCGUGUGCCUGAGCCCAGCACUGCUGUCUGCUGUGCGGAUCAACGGAGAUGGCCAGGAGAUCCUGUACCUGGCAGAAGGUGAUAAUGUGAGGCUGGGCUGCCCCUACAUCCUGGACCCUGAGGACUAUGGUCCCAAUGGGCUGGACAUCGAGUGGAUGCAGGUCAAUUCAGACCCCUCACACCGGGAGAAUGUGUUCCUUAGUUACCAGGACAAGAGGAUCAAUCAUGGCAACCUUCCCCACCUGCAGCAGAGGGUCCGCUUUGCAGCCUCAGACCCCAGCCAGUAUGACGCCUCCAUCAACCUCAUGAACCUGCAGGUGUCUGACACGGCCACCUACGAGUGUCGGGUGAAGAAGACCACCAUGGCCAGCCGGAAGGUCAUCGUCACUGUCCAAGCGCGGCCCGCGGUGCCCCUGUGCUGGUCUGAGGGCCACAUGACCCACGGCAACGACGUGGUGCUCAAGUGCUUUGCCAACGGAGGCACCCCGCCCCUCUCCUACAAGUGGGCCAAGAUCAGCGGGCACACCCACCCCUACCGCGCCGGUUCCUACCACUCACAGCACAGCUUCCACUCGGAGCUCUCCUACCAGGAGUCCUUCCACAGCUCCCUGAACCAAGGCCUGAACAACGGCGACCUGGUGCUGAAGGACAUCUCCCGGGAGGAUGACGGGCUCUAUCAGUGCACGGUGGCCAACCACGUGGGCUACAGUGUGUGCGUGGUGGAGGUGAAGGUCUCAGACUCCCGGCGCAUAGGCAUGAUCAUAGGCGCAGUGCUGGGCUCCCUGCUCAUGCUGGGCUGUCUGCUGGUGGGCAUCUGGGGGCUCGUCUGCUGCUGCUGCGGGGGCGCCGGGGCCGGCGGCGCCCGCGGUGCCUUCGGCUACGGCAACGGCGGCGGGGUCGGCGGAGGGGCCUGCGGCGACUUGGCUAGUGAGAUCAGAGAGGACGCCGAGGCGCCCGGGUGCAAGGCCGGCGGGCGCGGCCGCAGCGUCACCCACCUGCUGGGGUACCCGACGCAGACCGUCAGCCGCUCCCUGCGCCGCAAGUACGCGCCCCCGCCCUGCGGCGGCCCCGAGGACGUGGCCCUGGCGCCCUGCGCCGCCGCCGCCGCCGCCGCCGCCGCCUGCGAAGCGGGCCCCUCCCCGGUCUACAUCAAGGUCAAGAGCGCGGAGCCCGCCGACUGCGCCGAGGGGCCUCGGGAGCGCACCGACGGCCUCCUGGUGUGA